CUCCGCGAUUUGGCAUCCUUCCACGGUCUUGUGCUCGAGGAGGCCUGACUCGCAGGCUUUAAAUUCCACAGAGUCCCUCUGGACAGUAAUCUAUUCGCCAAGUCGGCUUUCUUUAUACUUCUCUCUGCUACUUGUCGUGAGACCUGUUACUCCUGCGCCUGGAGGCUCUGUUUGUCGCCAAUCGGGCACCUACCUCUAGCUACCUGAUUGCAGAUCUGUCUAAUAAAUCUUCCUGCCCGAAUUAUACCACCGUGACCCCAUCUCAUGCUCAGCGACACAUGUCCAAAGCGCAUUAGCUCAUGUAACGGCAGCCACUAACCAACUUCUUUGAGGGUCCUUGUAUGAUCAUGUUUGGUUCGGGCAUAUCACCUCCCACUGUGGAUGAUGUCUUCCGAUAUCGCUACCAGCAUGGAACAAAUCUAGGAUCAGUUUUCAUGCAUGGCCCGUGGUUGGAUAACAGCGUGUUUGAAGACGACCCGAACGGCUCAAGGGAACUUGAAGCUCUGAAAAGUUCACUCCACGAAAAAGGACUCAAGGAAACCACAUCCACAUGGGAAGCUCACUGGUUAGCUGCUCUAACCGAGCAUGACUUGAAAUGGCUCAAAGAUGUCGCCAGAUGUAAUUCCAUCCGCCUACCUAUUGGCUUUUACACCCUCGGUCCGGCUUUUUGUCUAGGCACCGGCUUUGAAGGGGAGCCAUCGCAGGUGUAUAGCAGCUGCUGGAACACACUAAAGCACCUGGUUCUAAAAUGUCAACUUUACGGUAUUGGAGUCUUGAUUGAUCUUAAAAAUAUCCCAGGUGGCCAGCUCUGCUCCCAGGACGAGAGUAGCGAAAAUGGAAGUGUUUGCGACAGCAUCCACAACCGGAUAGUGGUCAGAGAUUGCCUCGCUUUUAUCGCCCAGGAGAUCACGUUCCAUGCCCUACUUGGAGUCGUCGGAGUGCAAAUUUCCAGUGAAACAGACUGGAGAACAUGGGGCCAUGAGUGGUAUGACGAGGUCCUAGAAAUCACGAGUUCAAUCAAUCCAUCUUUGCCCAUCUACAUCAAUGAUGGCCAGAACCUGCCCGCAGCCCUGGAUUACGCGAUAUUGAGGAACAGACUCCCAGCCCCGGUAAACCGGAGCCCUAUUAUUGUGGAAUCGCACAGGCAUUAUACCACGGAAUCGGACCAGCUACAAGGACCACAGGCCAUCAUCGGGAAUGUCUCUAGGGAGCUGAUAGAACUUGCAACCCACCAUGGCAAGGUUGUAUCCCAAGGAACCGCCGUAGAUAUCUACAUUGGAGAGUACAGCUGCCACAUGGAUGACCGGACUUGGGAACACACGGACACGCCAGAGCGAGAUGUAUUAACCAAGAGCUUCGGCCAGGAACAAACCAAACAAUGGACCUCUAAGACCUGUGGAUCCGCCUUCUAUCGCUUCAAAUCGGGCGGAGCCUGUGGCAUGGAGCGUGACUUCGAGCAACAAGUCAACAUCGGCUCAAUACCUGCACCAGCGUGGCUUAUCAUCCCUCGGGACCAAAUACCCACCAAAGUUGAUCAGGCCAAGUCCCAGAGGCCUCAGCUGCAGAAUAAAUUCCUCUCUCAGACUUCGAGAUCCAUGAGUCCUCAUGGUCGCCGUCGCUUCUCCCUCGGCUGGGACCUCGGUUUCAACGAUGCACUUUGCUUUUUCACCGCGAUAGCUCGGGAUGUUAUCCCCGGCCGGAGGGACGGGGGAGAUAAAAUCGGGGCUCUGGACCUAUGGAUUCGCAAGCGUGUAAUCGAAGCAACUUGUUUCGGCGAGGAUCUCGACGUCGAGUGGGAGAGUGGUUUCCGGACCGGCGUUGACGACUUUUACAACGCAGUCGGUAUCUAAUGUUCACGAAGGGAACAGGGGAUUUCGCAACAUCCAUCUCUAGGCUGGACCUAUAUUGCACGUUGAGUUAGUACUCUCUACUAUAUGCCCUAGUCGAAGUACUAUGGUGUAUUAAUAUGGCGGCACAUGGACUCUAAAAGCACAUCGAAGUAUAUUUUUCAUUUGCUUGCGGGU